AGUCAAUUGUCGGGUAAAUAUAAAGUAACCUAGUGGUACAUUAUAACUGAAUAUUUGAAUAUCCAAAUACUGGAUGCUCGAGUACCAUUGUAGUGCAUAGUAUUAAUUGCAGAAAGGAAAUGACAGCGCAUUUUCUCUUCAAGGGCUUUCUGUGCACUUUCGUAUUCUUGACAUUAGAGGGCGACACGUUCCUCUCUCAUCGUAUUUACUAAGCAAAUGAGGUCUGCUUAGCGGAUGAAAAACGACGCGUGUUUCACUCACAUGCAGCAAAUUAAAAUGGCAUUCAAAGGCAAAGUGGCCGACACAAAGACCGUCGUUCUCCAUUUGAUUCUUUGCCUGAUCAUAUUCUACACGCUGUAUUACAUGAUUGGCAGCAUUUGCUUUGGUGCUUUCAGGCUUGAGAAUUUUGACGGACUCAUACCUUUUGAUUUCAAGUUUAAUCCAUCUGAGUCGAACUCCAGAUAUUUAGUGAACCUGCUGUCCAUGGAGCUCACCUUCCUCAGCAGCGGCCUGCUCUUUGCGGCUGUGGUGAGAAGAUGGGUGUGGGACUAUGCCCUGACGGUCACGCUCCUCCACGUGCUCCUCACCUCUGUAGUCAUGCUGGAGUUUCCUCUGGUUUGGCAGUGGUGGUUGGCCUUGGGUUGCGGCCUGUUCCUCAUGAUCUGCAAUGGUCAGCUCAUUGCCUACUUUGCAUGCCAGAACGACCCCAAGUACCCCCCGCUUCACAGCUAUUGACCUCCUGGGGAUGGAGAAGAAACGUGGAAGGAGAAGGCUUUGAUCUUCAUGGUUGGGAGAGGCAUGUUUGGGAAUUCAGAGUGAAGAACACUCCGGGAUAUUCGGCACAUCUCCAGGAAUGGAGUGAUGCCGUCUAAUGAGUUUUCCCUCUGAGGAAGAUAUUCUAGAAUCUGGAGUCUCUGAUAAAGGGCAUUGAAGGGUCAUUUUGAGUCGCCUUUUCUUGUCUGUGAACCAAUAAAUCAUAGAGUCAUCAACCACUGGUGUAUAACAGACCAUAAUCAGCAACCUGCAACUGACUCGGUCCAUGCUUGCUGUGCUGUGGUUGAUUGAUGUUGGUGUUUUGCCUGCUUUGCUAGGUCUUCCAUCUUGGGGCAGGUAAGGCAUUCCUUGGUUGGUAAGGGCCCUUCUGUAUAGAGAAGAACAUGGGCUUGAGGUAGGAGUUCGGCCCAUAUGUUAGACUGUUCCAUCUUCACAUCAAGUAAUGUGUCGUUCAUGUGAAGGUGAUAGUGAACCUAAGUGGAAGUGCCUACCUAAUCGUGGUUGGAGGUACAGUCUCUGAUAUGUGUCCAGAGGAUGGAAGCAGCCCUUCUGUGAUGUCCUGCCUGCUGAUGUGAGUCGUGAGCAGAAGCUGGGAACUGGGAGACACAGACAGUGCUGCAGGCUGGAAGCAUUUCAGAUGAUGUGGUCAAAUCCCUGAGUCACAUUCCUGUUAAAAUGUGACGACAAUGUGACACCAACACAUGAGAUGUAACUGUUACCUAAAUAUAGAAUUAAAACUUUGGAAGCUGAUG